CGGCCUACAUUGCCCAGCGUCCCGCGCCGAGGGCGGCGCCACCGGAAGCGCGGGGCGGACUACUUCCGGCUGUGCGCGAGCCCCAAGCGGAGGCGAGCCCGCGAGCCUACACCCCGACGAGACAAGAUGGCCGGGCUGCCCCGCAGGAUCAUCAAGGAAACCCAGCGCUUGCUGGCAGAGCCAGUCCCUGGGAUAAAAGCGGAGCCAGAUGAAAGCAACGCACGUUAUUUUCACGUAGUCAUUGCAGGUCCACAGGAUUCCCCCUUUGAGGGUGGGACAUUUAAACUUGAACUAUUCCUUCCAGAAGAAUAUCCAAUGGCAGCUCCUAAAGUACGUUUCAUGACCAAAAUUUAUCAUCCUAAUGUAGACAAGCUGGGAAGAAUAUGUUUAGAUAUUUUGAAAGAUAAAUGGUCCCCAGCUUUGCAGAUUCGUACAGUUCUGCUAUCAAUCCAGGCUUUGUUAAGCGCUCCCAAUCCAGAUGAUCCACUAGCAAAUGAUGUAGCUGAGCAAUGGAAGACCAAUGAAGCCCAAGCCAUAGAAACAGCCAGAGCAUGGACUAGGCUAUAUGCCAUGAAUAAUAUUUAAAUGCGCUUUGAACAUCAAGUGUGCAUCACUUCUCCUGUUCUGCCAAGACCUCUUCCUUUUUUGUUUGCAUUUAAUGGACACAGUUUUAGAAACAUUACAGAAUAAAAGCCCAGACAUCUUCAGUCCUUUGGUGAUUAAAUGCACAUUAGCAAAUCUGUGUCUUGUCCUAAUUCACUAUUGUACCGCAUGAGCAGAGGCUAGAAGUAUCAUCUGGAUUGUUGUGAAAUUGUUUGAAAGCAGCAGCACAUCUCUGCUUUUAAUCAUUUUUCCCAUCAUGGUUUAAGUAUAAGCACUGUGAGUGAAGGUAGGCAGGGUUAGCUGUGGGGCUUUUUGUUUUAAUUUUGUGGGCUCCUCCUCCCUUUUUAUGGUGAUGCUAAUUGCAUUGGUAAAAGCAGCUAACCAGUUAUACUUUAGAAUAUACCCUCUAGCCCAGUCUAACUUAGGCGCUGUAGAUGGACAAGCUUCAUUGUUUGAACAAAAAAUGGGAACAUUAAACAUCCAUCACCUUCACUAAUAAUAUUGUGAUUCUGCUGUCAAGUGUAGAAAAAUCCCUCCAAGAAAAAGCUUGUGACCAUUUUGUAUGGCUUGUCUGGAAAAUCUCCUGUAAAUCUUAUGUUUUAGUAAAAUAUUUUUUGUUAUUCUA